GCCUACCUUUUUCUAAUCGCAACUUCUUACACUCGUUUCACGGGAGUUGCAUUCUUCAAAGACUGUAUUUGUUUACUUGACGAUCCGACAAUCGCUUUAUAACAAUCGCUCACACCAAUUGUCCAUACGCCCGCCCACCGUAAUAUCAUCAACUCACACACGACCAUCAUGAAGACCUUUGCCAUCGCCGCCGUUCUCGCGGCUUCCGCUGCGGCCACCCCUACUGCCGCUGUCCAGAAGCGCGCCAUCACCCCCGUCACUGUGAAGGGAAAUGCUUUCUUUGCUGGCAACGAGCGUUUCUACAUCCGUGGUGUUGACUACCAGCCCGGUGGCGCUUCCGAUGCGAAGGACCCCAUCGCUGACGAGGCUGGCUGCAAGCGCGACAUUGAGAAGUUCAAGGAGCUCGGUAUCAACACCGUCCGCAUCUACACUGUCGACAACAGCGCCAACCACGACACCUGCAUGGGUCUCCUCGCCGAUGCCGGAAUCUACCUCGCUCUCGACCUCAACACCCCCAAGUACUCCAUCAACCGUGCCGAGCCCCAGAAGUCGUACAACAAGGUCUACUUGCAGAGCAUCUUCGCUACCGUCGAGAUGUUCGCAAAGUACGACAACACACUGUUGUUCUUCUCCGCCAACGAGGUCAUCAACGACGACAAGACCACCAACUGUGCUCCUUACGUCAAGGCUGUCACCCGUGACAUCAAGUCCUACAUGAACGCUCGCGGUCUCCGCAAGAUUCCUGUCGGUUACUCUGCCGCUGAUGUCGAGAGCAACCGCUACGAGAUGGCCGACUACAUGAACUGUGGUGACGAUGCCGCUCGCAGCGACUUCUUCGGUUUCAACGACUACUCUUGGUGCGACCCGUCUUCCUACACCACCUCUGGUUGGGACCAGAAGGUUCAGAAGUUCGGCAACUACAGCAUCCCUAUCUUCCUCUCCGAAUACGGCUGCAACAAGGGAACCCGAAAGUUCGAGGAGGUCAAGUCUCUCUACAGCACCGACAUGACCGGCGUCUACUCUGGAGGUCUCGUCUACGAAUACUCCCAGGAAGACUCCAACUACGGACUUGUUGAAAUCAACGGCGACUCCGUCACUGAGCGCGACGACUUCAAGGCCCUCAAGGAGGCUUUCUCUUCCACCAAGAACCCCACUGGCGACGGUGGCUACAAGUCCAACGGCCAGCCCGCCACUUGCCCCGACCAGUCCAAGACCUGGGAUGUCACCAUGAAGAGCGACGAGCUCCCUGCUGUUCCCUCUGGCGCCAACGACCUUUUCAAGAAGGGUGCUGGCGACGGCCCUGGUCUCUCCGGCUCUGGCUCCCAGCAGGCUGGUUCUUCCGAGACCAACCUCGCCGGUGCUGGUGACGGUGCUGUCACCUCCGGCGGUGUCGUUCCCAGCUCCACCGGUGGUGCCAGCGCUUCCGGCUCUGCUGGUGCCGCUGCUUCCGUCCGCCCCGAGUUCAGCUUCGCUCCUCUCGUCUGCGGUGCCGUUGUCCUCGCCUCCUCGCUCUUCGGCGGUGCUCUUAUCUUGUAAGAGUGUUUUGCUACGAUAGAGCUUCGAGUGUUUCUUUCCGCUUCAACAUGUAUACCCUCUUUUUGGGUUUCGGUCGGAUCGAGUAAUGCAACGACCCAGCGCGGGCAACGUUAUUGUGAUAGAUUUGGCUUCUGUUUAACUCAAGUCGCAUAGUGUGGUUUCGGGACCGACUUUUGAUGGGAGUUGGUCGGACUUUUGUUCGACUUGGCGUCCUGC